GGGAUUGUUUGAUCAAUCAAUAACCUUAACGAAGUGUAAACAAAGGAGUUUACUUUGUUGGUUACUGAUAAGGGAGAUAUGUUAAGUUGUGUUACAAAGUUUAUUGCAACAUUGUUUGCUUAGAAAUGAUUGCAGAAUUUAAUAUUGUGACCAAUGAUUCUUCUGACGAUCAGAAACACACAUCUGAAAGUUUUGAUGAAUCUGAAGAUACGGAUGAAGGAUCACUUGAUGCUCUAAUGCGUGAUUAUGAUGAUCUCAGUGCAACACCUCCUAGGACCCGUAUUCACAGAAGGCAGAUGAAGAAAAACAGUAUUAGUGGUUUUAAAGUACCAUUGUUAAGCAAAAAGUGCAGAACACCAAUAGAUAAUCAUGUAGAUUCAGAAGAAGAUAAUCAUGAAACACGUAAAAAAAAUUGUAAAAGAAAAAUACAGUUAUUGAGACAUUCAGAAAGAAAUAUAAAAUUAGAUGAUGGCAUUGACGUUACAGAUGGAAAUGAAGAUUUAGUAGAUUGCAAAAACCCCCCGUGCAACAUAAAGGUUGAAUCAAAAAAACGUUUCUUGUCUUUAAAAUGCAAACUUGUGAAAUCAGCUGUCAAUUGGAAAAAUUUUGUACCUGAGAAGACUUCUAAAAAUCGAUCAGACUUCCAUGAUUAUUUUGAAAAUCUUGUUAAAACUGGAAAUGUCGAGACCAAAGAUAAAAUUUACAAAUCACAGCUAAGUGAGGAAGAACAGUUAUGGCAAACAGAAUGGAAAGAUAUGAUUUGGCUAGAACUUAGGGCCUGGAUAGCAGAUAGGACUGUUACAGAACAAGAUAAAUAUCUCAUUAAAGCACGAAAAGAGAUUCCAAAUUUGUUAGAUGACAUUCUUAAUUACAGGUUUGAAAGGAGGCCAGAUUCAAUGUCAUCACUCUCAUCAGACAGUGGAAUAUUUGCAUUUGAUUCUGAAGACCCUCCUAAACCAUGUACAGGUUGUUUGUGUAUGUUUUGUCCAUCUUGUGUUGAGCAAGCAGAUAUAGCACUCAAAGAGGUCGGUGAUCUGUUGUCAAGAUUAGAAGCUGCUGAGUCCCUGUUUCCAUCUACCAAAGCUUUUGCAAAUUACUUUCCUCUUUAUAAGAGUAACAUAUUUAUUGGAAGAGUAAAGGCCAUGUGUUUAUGGUAUAAUAUUACAAUACACCAUAGGUUGAAAAUUAUAAUCAUUGGGAAACAGCUAUUAUCCUUUGCACAAAGAAAUGAGACAUGUUUGAGUUUUAACAGUUCUAGUUCUGGCUUCAUCAGUCCUACUCCUUCCUGCCAUGAAUGGAAUUUUCAAAACUUGUCUGCUGUAGAACCUUUUUUUGUUCUUGGAAAAUUCUUUAAGCCUACAGACAGCGGUGAUACCAGAACAUAUAGGAGAUUCAUCGAGGAUGUUCUUAAAGUGAGAGGUUUAAGAAAGUCAUUACUCUUCCUCGAUUAUGUUUAUUCUAAAGUUUUGUUAAAAGCCAGAAUUGCUAUGGAAAACCCUGAAUUUUCUUCAAAAGCUAACGACAUUGAUAAUGCUGAUGAAUUAAGAAAAUAUGGUUUAUGGAGCAAUGAAUACAAAUCAUUAAACUUACCAUCAUUUCGACAAGCAUUCAUGUUCAUUUCCAGAAUUCCACUGGAUAUAAUUCAUGAAUUUUUAAGAUUACGUUUAGAAACUAAGUUGGAGAAACCCAGCAGUUUAAGCAUAAGACAAUUAAUAAAAGAGUUAAAGGAGGGUUUGAGACUUUCGAUUCUUAAUAAACAGAGAUAUUACGAGCAUUUUAUGAUUGCUUUUCCUCCUGAAGAAUCUGAUGAUGAAGCUAAAACUAAAUUUGAAGAAUACAUACAAUUAUUUGAUCAAUCACUACAAGCUGUACUAAAGCUUUACUUGAACUACCUGCAACAAUGGUGCUCUUGUGCACAAGAAUGGUGUAAGAUUCAUAAAAAUUUGUUAGAAGAGGAAUGGAAGUUUGCAAUAUCUAUCGCGCCUUGUAUCCCCAAUGGAGAAAGUCUCAUUUACCGAGUCUUCUGUGAUAUUUUUUCAUCAGUAUUUAAAAACAUUUGUGACUAUAUUGAAGUGAAAGUCGAAACUCUGCUUGGUUGCAAUCCAAAUAAUGAUUCUUACCCUGUUCACAAAGAUCUACAGCUUUGCCGAGGUCUCCAAUGCCUGAUUAUGACCGUCCGUGACAAAGUUAUUAGUGUGAUAAUUUUAACUAAAACUGUUGUUAGAUACAUUGAAAGCAACCAUAGAUUUAAUUGUGAGGAUGUGGUUGAUUCUUUAGUUGAAAUGAGAGAAAGUGCUCUUGAACUAUAUCAUUUCAUGAAGAAAGAGAUUGUGAUCGUAGAAGAUAGACUUUUUAGGUCGUUUUGUAAUGAUGCAGAAAACUUGGCUCUCAAUUCAGCAUGUAGGGGUGUUCUUCAUCAGUUAUACAAAUGCAUUUUUGAGUAUUAUAAAGAAGUUUGGAGAGUUAUAACCAAUAAAAAGGAAGUUGCAAGAGAUAUGUUUGAAUUUUGUCGAAAUUGGUUUCAUUUUGUGAAAGUAUAUUGCGAAAGAGGCAGAGGUGUACGUCCCAGAUGGGCUAGUUAUGGAAUAGAAUUUUUGGUCUACAUUUCCAGUCCUAAAUAUACCAUUCAUUUAUCAGAUAAUGAAUUUGAAGAUUUCAGGAACGAUAUUGAAGAAUGUUUAGCCUUUAUAAAAGGGACUGCAAUUAUAAAUCCUUCAAUAUCAAAUGUGUCUUUACGGUCUUCCUCAGCUUCACCCUCGCCUACUACAAAUCCCAACAGAAAUAGUUUUCCACAAGUUAUCGAUGCAAAUCAAACAUUGAAUUCAGCCAUCCAGAAUGAAAAAUUCGCUGAGCUACCAUUUUCUAACAACUAUACCUCCCAUCAAGAUAGAGUGAUGAAUGCAGUAACAGCUUUGAAUAAUAAAAUGGAUGAAAAACUGCGAAGUGAAGAACGUAUUGGGACCGUCAUUUCAUUCCAACCUCACUCUGAAAGAAACAUCAUUAAGCCAAAGGCUGUCACAUUUUCAUGGCAAAGGGGUAUUAAGAUAGGACAAGGACGAUUUGGCAAAGUAUACACUGCUGUGAACAAUGAAACAGGGGAACUAAUGGCGAUGAAAGAAAUUUCUCUCUCUCCUAACGAUGCCAAAACUAUAAGAAACGUUGCUAUCGAAAUGAAAAUAUUUGAGGGGAUACAACAUGAAAAUUUAGUCAAAUAUUAUGGGGCAGAAAUCCACAGAGAAGAGCUUCUGAUAUUUAUGGAGCUAUGCCCAGAAGGUUCUUUGGAAAGUUUCAUCAUGGGAACUGAAAAUGGUUUGCCUGAAGGUAUAGUGCGCAGGUAUACAAAGCAGUUGGUCAACGCUAUAUCUGUACUUCAUGAAAACAGCAUAGUUCACAGGGAUAUAAAACCUGCUAACAUAUUUCUUACAUCUGAGGGUAACUGCCUAAAGCUUGGUGAUUUUGGAUCUGCAGUUAAAAUAAGGGCACAUACUACAGCUCCUGGAGAACUCAAAGGUUUCGUUGGAACACAAGCAUACAUGGCUCCAGAAGUAUUUAUGAAAUCCAAUACAGUUGGCCAUGGUAGAGCUGCAGAUAUCUGGUCACUUGGAUGUGUUGUGAUUGAAAUGGCUUCUGGUAAGAGACCUUGGGCUGAAUAUGACUCAAAUUACCAAAUAAUGUUUAAAGUUGGAAUGGGCGAAACACCAGACAUUCCAGAGUCACUGAGUGAGGAAGGGAAACACUUCAUAUCUAAGUGUAUAAAACACAACCACAAAAAAAGAGCCAACAUAUCUCAACUGAAAGGGGAUAAUUUUCUGAUGGUUGACUGUGAAGAUGAAGGAUUCUCUUAUAACAAACCUUCUGUGUUAGAAGACUACCUCAAGCUUGGAAUUAAACGAUAACAAUUUAUGUUUUACUAAUUUAAUUUUUUUACUAUCAAUUUUAAAAUACUGAAGUUCAAAUUACUUUUAUCAGAGAAUUUUAUUAUAGUAGAUGAAAUAGGACUAAAAAACAUUAUUUUGAUAAAUUAUUUGUUGUGAAAGAUAAAUAUAUUAUUUAUAUACGUGUUA